UCUCUGCGUCCAGACACGUCCACGGCGCGCGCAGCGUGCGGAUCUCCAGCACUGCACUAGACGGAAUAUUUGUGCAAAUGACACUGAACUCCCAUCUCUGCUGCAAACACACGAAGGCGAAUGCCGACAAGAGUAGAGGAGAUUUCAGAAGACAGAGAGGAAAAAUGCUUGCAAGCUGUUGGAGAUUUUGAUGUUGGAUACAGCCUCCUGGAUGCUCUCAGCACAGGUUGUACUCUAAAGGGAUUAUGCUCGCCGUCCCACAAUGCUGCUACCCUCAGGUUGGCUACUUCGGCACUCUGUGGUCAUGUGGUUGCUGUUUCACAGCUUGGUGCUGAUGACACUGUGUUUCCACCACGCUGCAACUUCCUGCUCCAAACGUUGCUACUGUUCAGACAGCGAGGGCUCAUUUGGUGGCAAGACCAUGCGCUGCAGCAACCUGCAUCUUACUGAGAUCCCUCAGGACAUUCCCAAUGACACACGACGUCUCUACCUGGACUACAACCUCCUGACCAGCAUCCCUGCCAAUGCUUUUCAUGAUCUUCCACUGCUAGCUGAACUAGAUCUUUCCCAUAAUGAACUGGCUUUGCUUGAACCUGGAGCCUUUAGAGGCUUGGCAGCCUCACUACAGUUUCUGGAUCUCUCGUCCAACCAGCUCACGAUGCUGGACCCAGAUGCCUUUGAAGGUGUUAGAGCAAGAUCAAAUCUCACAGGAAACCCCUGGCACUGUGACUGCAGGCUGCAGACAGCCCUUCCACGCCUGGACCUAGAGCCUGUGUCUUUGACUGGCAUUAUCUGUCAGACGUCCGAACCCUCAGACUCUGGAGCCCAAGGUGUGCCUUUCCUGCUGGCCAAAGACCUGGACCUGUGUGUGGUGCUCAAAAAGACCACGGACGUGGCCAUGUUGGUGACCAUGUUUGGAUGGUUCACCAUGGUCAUCUCCUACCUGGUCUACUAUGUGAGACACAAUCAGGAAGAUGCCAGGCGCCACCUGGAGUAUCUCAAGUCUCUGCCCAGCAGGCAGGGCAAGUCUGAGGAGUCUUCCACCAUCAGCACUGUGGUAUAGCACCAGGCCAAGUGCUCAUGUUAUGUGGAGGAAGCUUCUCAGGCUGCCAAAAGGCAAUGGGCACACUGGACAAUGGGCUACAUGUCUCCAAAGUUUAAAAUGUAUUAAAUCCUUGGAAAAACAAAGACCCCUUGAAUUAUACAACACCACAAGUUACCACUCAGGAUUGAUCUCUACCCUCCUAAAGAACCAGAAAGAACUUCUGACAUAGGAUGCUUCUUGGCCAGUGGAGUGCAAUGUCCACAAUAGGGAAAUGUGAAACAUAUCAAGCUUAGACAGAAACCAUCCACAGACACGCGGAUGGACAGAGAUGACUAGAGACAGAAGUAGGGAAAUCACAGAGGCCAUCUAAUCCAAUUCCGAUGAAUAAUUGAUUCAGAAAUGGCCGGGGUUGAGGCUCAUCUUGACUAAGAGGUUUUUCUACUCUGCACGCUUUUAAAGGAGGCGUUUGUCUGUUUUUUUUUUAUUUUUUAUUCAGUGGUUGUUUUUUUCAGUCAGAUCUCCAUUUGACAUGCAACACACGGAGCGUAAAGCACUCAACCUACUGGGUAUUUACAAAAAGUACUGUUGUUGUCCCUGCAGGCAACAUCAAAAUUUUACAGAGCAACACAUUCUUGCAUGCAUCAAUGAUUUUUCAGGUGUCUCAGUAAACAUAGUAUACAAACUGUGCAAAAGUAAAAAGCACUGUAGAUUGCUUUGAUACUCAGUGGUUAGGUUUUUAGGGAAGCACAGAAAAGCUAUUUUCUUUGAGAAUCCUACAGCGUUAAUGACGUUGUGACUUAAAAGAAAUAAACAGGUUGGCUUGUUAUUUUCAUGAUCAGUCAGUGUAAGAUAAAUCACUGUUAUAGUCGUUUCAAGGGAAAACACACUGGGGCAUUUUUUUUAAUCUGAUUUAAAAUGUUUUAAAACUUUCAUGUUUAAAGAUAAUGAGACAAUGUUGACAACCACAUAGUGUGUUUGCACUGUUAGAGUGGAUCCUUGGUAUGUCACAACUAGUACUGUGUGAUUGUUCAGUUUCUUAUGUGGAGUGCCAGCAAGAAUAAUUCAGAAUGUCUGCCAAGAUAAACCAUGAGUUAAAAUCCACCUGAAUGUUCUGCCUGCGUGAUUUAAUGUCUUCGAAGCUUUACAAGUCAUAUCCAUAAAUUAAGAAAAUAGCAUUUUGUUAAUCCUUUACAAAAGACAGUGAGGGGUAUGUCAUGAAAUUCCUCAGAAAAGUCCCAAACCUAAUGAGCUGCCUACCAAGACAUUUUAAGGUAUCAUAUGUGCUCCUGACAAGAAAGUUGUAAUUGUGCUGGCAUGUAGACAGUAAGUAACAAGGCAGCUCACUAGGUUAUAACUGUAGUCAUCUCAGGUCUGGAUGUGGUUGUAAAUUAGUUCAUAAGCACUAGGUUUAUAUAUAGAAAGAAAGAAAAGAAACAGAAAUGUUACACUUUACAAUAAGGUUUUAUACAUUAACAUUAGUUAAUGCAUUAUUUAUCAUGAAUAAACAGUGAUCGGUCUUUUUACAGCAUUUAUUAAUCUUUAUGUUAGUGCUAAUUCAUAAAUAUACAUAGUUCAUUGUUAUGUAAAGUUAAACAUCUAUUAGUGGAUGUAAAAUUCAUCAAGAUUAAUAUAUUUUUUCAUCAUGUUUUCAGAUAUUAUGUUAGCUAACUGCUUACUAUACAACCUUAUUGUAAAGUGUUAGUGAAAUAAAUGAUUUUCUGGUCAUGCAUAUGUUGGAUAUUUUGUUUCAGUGCAAGCAACAGAAAAAGAUGCAUUAUGUGGCAAAAUGAAUAAGAAAAGGUAUUUGAUUUUUCUUGUUUGCUUGAAAGUGUUAUCUGUAGUGCCAACAUGGCAUUGUUUUUUGGUCUCAGUGAUAGCAGAGUGCAUUCAAUCCAUUGAUCCUAACAUAGUUCAAGAAAUGUCAUGCUGAAAAUGAUGGUAAACACUGGGAGGUAAACUUUAUUUUCAUUUGUAAUACUGCUUUAUUUUUUACUUUAAAUAUGGAUUGUGCACUUUCAGCUUCACCAAACAAACAAAUAAUAAAAAAAAAAUACAAAGAAAUAACAACCACAAUAAAUUAGACAAUGACAAAUUGAUCUGACAUAGAGUUGUGUCAAAACACAUUGCUGGCUAUUUUCACAAACAUGCAUUCACAUAAAAACAUAAUGGCCUGCAUCAGUGCAGGAAGCUGUAAAAGUCGUCCCGGUACAAAAUUACCCAUGAAAAAUAUAAUCAACCGAUUAUUUAUGAUGGUAGUCUCAGAAUGCCUACGCUACAGCAUAACUAUAAUUUGCAAUAUUACAAUACAUUUAGAAAAUUUUCAAGGAAAAUUCCAAGUUUUAUACAAGUUGAGCUCAAUUGACAGCACUUGUGGCAUAAUGGACACUUACAAUGGAAGUAAAUAGGGCCAUUUCGUAAAUGUGAAAAUAUUUACUGUUUCAAUAGUAGUAAUAAAAACAUGAUUUCAGUGAAAAAAAUUGCUUACUAACCAUUUCUGUGUGAUUUACAUCCAAUUUUACAACUUUGUUGUCUUAACAACUCCUAAAACUCCUAAACAACAGUAAAAUGACAAGAACAAAUUUACAGCUCAAAUAAUACAAACACCU